UCAUUAGCGUCGUGUAAACAAACGUCGCGUUUUCCUCCGGCUAACACAACAACAAUAAUACACCAAGACGUAUCAACUAACACAACUGUGACCACUUAGUAUUUGUCUAGCGUGUGUUUCGUCGUGUCGUGCGUUUCUGCUCCGUGCCGGGCGUAUAUAUAAUUCACACAGAAUAAUAUUGUAAAACGCUGCUGCGGUGUGUCAUAGUGUUUGUUUUAUUAAAUAUAGUUGUGUUUUCUCCGAUUUUUCUCGCGCGAUCGUCUGGCCAGUCGGAGGAAUUUUUCCGCGAUGUGAACUAUUUCGAUCGACACCGCGACGACGACGACGACGACGAUCAUCUAACCGUUCCCGAUAUCGAAUUCGAUCGAGACUAGGCCUUUUAUCUGUGAUUAUAUAGUUUUGGUGCCGCGAUGGAAGACGAACUGCACUGUAUCGCUUGUAAGCAGCUGUUCAACAAUCCGGUGCUGUUGCCGUGCUACCAUGCGUUGUGCCUUAACUGUGCGGUGCACGCACAGCGACCGCUGGAGCCGACCGCACCGCAAGAGAACAGCGGAAACUCGACUACCAGCGGUAGUAGCACAACCGAGUCGCACGCUUCCGACUGCCAUCCGGAGUCGGACAAGCUGUCCAUACUUAGCGAGACGGACAGCGGCGUGGUGUGCAAUAGUCGGCCAAACAGCUACCUGGGCACGUCCAACCACAUCGGUGGCGGCAUCAUCGCUUUCCCGCCGGUCAUGGCUGGUUCGUAUUCUCUGUCGUGCCCGGCCUGCAGGAAGACCGUGUACUUCGACGACAAUGGCGCGCACAACCUGCCAAAGUACAGGACGAUGAGAAACAUUGUUGACCGUUACGGUGAGCUCAGGCACAUUGUGCCCAAGUGUCAGCUUUGCGAAUGCGAACCAGCCGCAGAUGCUACCGUGCUGUGCGAGCAAUGUGAAGUGUUGUACUGUGACUCUUGCCGUGACAACUGUCAUCCGGCCAGGGGCCCAUUGGCCAAGCACAACCUGCUGGAACCGUCCGCUGGCAAGGUGGCGCUCAGGAACAAGAUCAGAAACAGGGACAUCAUCUGCAACGAACACGAAGAAGAGUGCCUGUCUAUGUACUGUAUGGUCUGCAAGACACCAGUGUGUGCCGUAUGUAUGCAUGAAUCAAGGCAUUCGAGUCAUGACGUCCAAGCCAUCAACACAAUGUGCAAAGCUCAAAAGACGGAACUAUCUCAGAAUCUUCAACAAUUGUCUGAAAAAGCUCGAACUACUACAGAGUUCAUUCAGAGGUUAAAACAAAUGUCUGAAAAACUUAAUGGCGAGUGCGAAGAACUAGAGCGACAAGUGGACGCCAGGUGUGAUGCGCUGAUCCGGUCCAUCGAGAGGCGGAGACAGUGGCUGAUCGACGCGGUGCGACAAGACAAGGAGAUCAAACAGCGGUCGUUGAAGGACCAUGUGACCAGCUGUACGUGCAAGCUGCAGAAAACAACGUCCCUGUUGCAGUUUUGCAUCGAAGCCCUCAAAGAAAACGAUCCCGUUUCGUUUUUACAAGUCGGGUCCAUGUUGAUAGCCAGAGUUUCGAACACGGACAUGACCUGGCACAAGGACGUGUUGCCGUCUCCUCGUUCGUAUCACCAACUGGAUUUGACCCUGGACGAUAACACUGUGUUGAAAGCUAUUGAGCACAUGAACUUUAUACAAAUGAAAACUAUCGGGGACGGAGAAGACAUGAAGGAAACAGCUCCGAGCGCGGCGCUGAUCAUCGCCGAAGAGUGCAGCGCAGAGAACAAUAGCGUUACGAUCGCGUGGCAACCACCAGCUUCUUCGUACGUCGAAGGUUACGUGUUGGAACUGGACGACGGAAACGGCGGAGACUUCAGGGAGGUGUAUUGCGGCACAGAAACCAUCUGCACCGUUGACGGGUUACACUUCAAUUGCACGUACAACGCCCGAGUAAAAGCGUUCAACAGCGCGGGCGAAGGCGAAUACAGCGAAGUAAUAGGAUUGCAAACUUCUGAAGUGGCUUGGUUCACGUUCGACCCGUGCUUGAGCUCGCCCGAGCUGUGCUUUACACCCGAUAACAUGACGGUGACUUGUGAGGGAUUCGAGCACCGUGUGGCCCUCGGAAGUGUUGGGUUCUCUAGAGGUGUUCAUUACUGGGAAUUUACGAUCGACCGGUACGACGCCGAUACUGAUCCAAGUUUCGGCGUGGCUAGGCUUGACGUAUCCAAAGAGGAAAUGCUAGGCAAAGAUGAAUCUGGUUGGAGCAUGUACAUUGAUAAACAGAGGUCUUGGUUUAUGCACUGUCGUAGUCAUGAGCAGAGGUGUGAUGGCGGCAUUCAGGUGGGAUCUACAGUGGGUGUGCUUCUGGAUCUAAACAAACACCAAUUGUCAUUUUUUGUGAACGAUGAACCACAAGGUCCAGUGGCUUUCAAUGGUCUGUAUGGUGUUUUCUAUCCAGCGGUCAGUGUUAACAGAGGUGUUGCUGUCACGCUACAUACAGCUCUCGACGCUCCCAGUGACUUAGAAGACUGUUAAGACUUUUUUACUUCACUAUUGUAUUUUUCGAGUAAGGUAUCCACCGUACUGCAUAAUAUAAAGGUUGUAAUGUUAUGCAGGUACUAGGUCGAUAAGAUUUUUUUUUUAAUCAUAAGAGUAUUUUUUAUUUUAAAUUUCUAUCAAAAGUUAUACGAGUCCAAUAUUUUAUAUUUGUACGUAUGUGAAUGUAUAUGUAUUAUUAUUGUGUAUUUUUUCUUCAAUUUAUCAUUAUCUCAAGAAUAAACUUAACUUGAACAGGGUGGGAAAUUUGAUUUUUAGAUCACUACAAUAUACAUGUACACUGCAUAUUUUUCCCUUCCAAUUUGCUUAAAAGAACUAAUGUAUUUUUUUAGUUACUCAAUAAUAUUAUUGUAAUUAUAAUAUUAUGUUAUUAUGUACUUAUACUGUUCGGCUGUUUAAAUAUUUAUGGUGUGUUUUGGAUGCACAAAAAUGGGAUAAUAUGCAAAUGAAACGAUUAUGAUGAUGACACCGUUAUUGUGAUUAUUUGAUUUUACUUUUAACUAUAUUAAUUUAUGAGUCCUUAAUUUAGCUUAUAUUUAUAUAUUUUAACUAGUAGACAUAUCAAUUAAAUAUUUUUCUUUUUUUUGCAUUCUAUAUUACCUACUAGUAGUUGUUUAAGUUGUAUAAUAGUAUAACAAUGUAUUUAUGAAGUAAAUAUUGUAUCUAUUUUUUGUUUUAUUUUAAUUAUGUAAUGUGUACAACAGUUCAUUAUUCAAUAGAUCCAUUCAAAGUAUUGUUCAAAACUUGCUCAGGUACUAAACAAACAAACAAACAAAAAAAAAAAAAAAAAACUCCCAAAGCUAUUUGAAGCGUUAUUAUGUUAUUAUUUAGAAUGUCCUAUACAUGCUGUAGUAACUUAACUGAAACAUGUUAGAUUACAAUAUUAGGUUUAGUUGUUUUUAAUUUUAUACAUCUAGUCAAAUAGAUUUAGAUUUCAUAUGAUUUUUUAUCAUAAAGACUGAUGGAUAUGCGACAAAAAAAAUCUAAAAUAUGACUCAAUGUUAUUAUUUUCUUUUUUAACGCAUCUAUAAUAGAGGAGAAUGAAUUCUCAUCUAUAAUAACUAUCCAACCAACUAUGUUAUUAUUUUUAAAUCUCACAUAGUGAUCAUCAGUGUCCAUCACAAUUCUUUCAGCUUUUUUUCAAUUUUGAUCUUUGAAACAAGCAAAAUAUAUUUUAGUGUUUAAGGUUUAAGAACAAUAAUCAAUCUUAGGAUUUUAUAUAAUCGUUGGAUAAAGCAUUUUUUUUUUUUUAACUCUCAGUCCAACAUAAUGUGUCUUACAUUAAAUAAUAUCUUAUUGUAUACCCAAAUUGAAGGUUCUUUUUUUAUAUAUUCAAAAAAUUCCAAUUAAUACUAUUGAAUAAAAAAGUAGUAGUAAAUAAAACGCACAUACAUGAUAUUAUGUAUUGUUGAAUUGUGUCAAUUAACUUUACUAUAGCAUCCAUUGAAUUCCUCUGAUUAAAUCUUUUUAAAAUAGCUAACUUUGCAUACAUAUACUGGAAUUUAUAUUAUGUACAUUUAUAUACUAUACCAUAUUAUGUUUAUAUACAAUAUAUUUAUAUUAUACUUGUACACGUUUUAUGUCAACAGUAUGCAUAAUUAUUAAUUGUUAUGUAAUAUGAUUUAUUUGUAAAUUUGUAAUACUUAACAUUUAAGUUUGGAAGUGGAAAUCAAUAAUAAUUAAUAUUAUUAUUGUUUUUGAUUCUUAUACUCUACUAUAAAUAGUAUAAACUGUAAAUGACAGAAUAUAUGGUAUUUUGAAUCAUUAA